AUGCCCAAUAUUCUCCAAUUCGAGAAUAAUGCAAUGACCAUGAACCGACAACGACCGGCACACAGAUUUCUCAAGUCCGAAGUUGAAGCGGACGGAAGCGUGCCGCCGGGGGAGUAGAAGAUCCGACUUUUCAUAAUUAGCUCUUCAUUUUUGGCCCGCCACUAGGGAUACAAUUUUUUUCUAAAAAGACUCUAAACCGUUGAUCUGCAGGUUUGUUCAACAGUUUGAUAAAAUGAACACAGUACGUUUUCAAGUCAUGAAUUUGAUGGGAGGCUCUGCCAUCUAUACGUUUCGCGUACUUCCGAAACUCUAAAGGCCUUAGAAGCUAUUUGGUGAGGCAGGUUUGAGUUCUCUGAAUGACUCGCUGUACCCGUCCUCCUAUUCGACCUCUGGCACCAGGAAUAAAUCGAUGACGGCGAUUCGCAAUGCACGGCGUCGUUUGAAUUUCUUAUCAAUAGUUCUGACUCACAGUUCUCGGCGAGCCCCCACACUUCGCGCGCUCUUUUUUUUAUCUCUAAAUUGUUGUUUCGAUUAUGCUUUUUUUGGCAGGAAAGAAAACUUUGAGUGUUUAAAGCAGUAAAUUUGAAGAUAGAAACCCGCUGAGACUUUAUUUUCUUUUCAAAAACUUAUAAUUUUCCAAUUCGAUUAUUUUACUUGGUUUAAUUUUUUGUAGAGUUUUUCUGAUUAAUUUUUUCUGAAGUAUUUUUUUUUUCUUGUUCACAUAGUCAAGCUUUCCCUAAACUAUUUUUUGGCGCUGAAGACUUUGAACUUUAUUGCUUGAGAAAUAUUGAUAGCUCUCGUAAAACAGAGCGUAAACACUAUUGAUAGGCGUCGCAACUUCGUCAUCGACUUUCGAUAGAAAUUUUCGAAAAUAUCAAAUAUCGCUUUCGAAGGUUCUCGAAAUCCUCGAGAAUCUAAGGACUUUUUUACUAUUCAUCUCAUUUAUUCGCAUGCUUUUUCACGCUUAACGGGACUUCGGAAACGACCAAGGAACUUUUGAGAAGUUAUCUGUCGUCAAAUACCACUUUUGGUAAAAUCGAAGAUAUCACUUCAGGGUUUCCGAUCGAGAGGCCAAGGUUGAUGCGGGUGGCGGUGCUGCUGACGCUGCUGCUGGGCGCGUCGGCGUUCCCAGAACCUGGCGAAGAAAACGUGUCCGUCGCUCGACGGGUUCAACUCAAGUUUCCCUCGUCUUUCCUCAAUCUUACUUCCGACGCCUGGAAAGUCAAGGGUGACUUUUACAGCUUGUUCUUUGUUUGCAGAAUCAGUCAUAGUUAUGCAGCGGGGUAGACCUCCAAAAAAAGUUCGAAUAUGUAGGAAAUUUGAGAUAGAAAAUAUCACAUAGAAUACAGGUUCGAAAAAAAAAUUGAACCUUAGUUAGAAAUGUUUAUGCUUGGAAAAAAUGGUGUAUACAGGUUUGUAUUUCUAACCCGUAAGAGAAGAAUUUUUUUUGAAGUUCUCUGAAGUUGAAUGCGAACAAUAUUUGAUGUACAAGAGAUUCUUCAAGUCUCAAACUGCACAAAUUUCUAGUUUUUGAAAAAUACUAAACGAUGUUUGAGUAGACCAUCUGAAACGUUGAGUCCUCAUUAUUCGAAAAAUUCUCGCAAAGUACUCGGAUCAAUUUGGGCAGAAUUUCGAAACCAAGAGUAUCAUGAACUUUUUUUGUGAGCUCUCCGGUUGGAUUUUCAUAAAGCUAUUGAAUUUCACUUUCUAUUAUCUCGAUUUUUAGACUUCCUAGUAAACAAAAAAAUGAAUACAGAGAAUGAGGACGAGGUUAUGGUGGCGGCUCAGCUUCAAGCGAGAACCGCGGUGGGUCAGGUCUUCAGUCUCCGAUUCAUUUCGAAUGAUGGGGCUCUCAUCGCAAAAGUAAAUGCAUAAGAAAUGAACCGUCUCAAUAUCCGUAUCCAUUCAGGUCACAGUUGGCGUGCUGGCAGGAGAUCUCCAAGUGGACGCCUUCGACGUCACAGGAGCGACCAUUCUCAACAAACCUAUCGGGAACCAACCAAUCAGUGAGAUUUUUGGAGAUGCGAGACAAACUUGGUCUAGACCUUAACAAUCAAAACAUGGCGAUCAACAUCAAUACGACGACGGGGGUGCUGACGGUACGGAUGACGCCACAAACAGAUCUUCACUACGAGUUCUCCAGGAGUCUGAACCUGGGAGGCUCGACUCUGGUCGUCACCCUCGGCGGCGGAGGUUUCUUCACAUUUGAUUUUGACUCACUUCGUUGUUCUAGACAGGUCGAUUGUCGGCUGCGUCUCCCUGAUCGCCGUUUCUGUCGGCGGCGGUGAUCCCGUAGCCGGCGUCGUCGAAGUGGAGAAUCGCGACAUCGAGGAAUGUCCGAUGGACGAGGCAGAUCAGACUUGCGAGAGCAUGAACUGCAACUCUGUUAGUCUUCAGGACUACUUUAAAUGAUGUUCUUAGAAACUUCAUAGUGGCCCCAAUAGGGGCAACCUUAUGGGCCCUAGAAGGGUCCUCUCAAGAGACCCCUUUACCAAUCUCAGGGUCACUAAAGCUUGCAAACGUGGUCUCUAUAGGGCCUAUACUAUAGGGGUCAUGCUAGCCGAUAAUUUUUAUGAGCUCUAUGCAAGUAAGCAUUUACAUGCGAAAAACUAAGUAAAUAGACCCCUAUAGGGACCACUUGGGCUUUACGGGCUAAAAGGUCAAAACCUAAAUCCCUAUAGGGACCAUCUUGUUUUUACCCUUAUAGUGGCCACCUCGAUUUUACCCCUAUUGUAACCACUUUUUCGGUUGUUUUUUUUUCCCUCUAACCCCUAUAGUAACCACUUUUUCGGUUCCUAUAGGGGCUCUUCUUCCCUGUAACCCCUAUAGGGACCACUAUAAAAUUCCUAAGAACUUAGCACUUUCGCUGUUGAUGUUCUAUGUUGAGAAUACGAUCAGAGGAGUUAGGAUAAUUUUCAAAAAAUGGAAAAAAAAACGUUAUUUUUCAAACGAAAAAUUGAAGGGUACCUGCAUUAUGGAAGAAGUCGCCACUUGCAACUGCUAUGGGACCUCUUUCACUGGCCCCAACUGCCGUAUACGUAAGUAACAGUAGCGAUCCCUUUACCAUCCUUUUUUGAAGCGGCGAGAACGGCCAAAAUCCGCAACAGCGACGACGAAGACUCCAGUUUCGUCGCUUUCAUCCCCUGGCCUGAAGACCGCGAGAUUGAAAUGAUUGCCAUGGACUUCAAGGUUCUCAUGAGAAACGUCGGAAGCUGAUCUAGGUUUCAGUUCGGAAGUGCUGAAGCGAAAGAAGGAGUCCUGAUUCAUGGAAUCGCCGAACCCGAGGAGCACUUCAAGGUCUACGUCGUCGACACCAAAGGGAACGUCGUCUUGGGCAACGAGACGCUGCUCAAUUUUGCUUUCUCCGAUCAGGAAGAGUUGGUUCAAACUUUUAGGUCUUGCAACGAUUUGCGCGAUUUCAGCUUCCACCGCACCAUCAUAUCCUUCGAUUCUACUUUUUUGACUUUCGAAGUCGAUGGCACGAAACAGGUGCGUUCAAAAGAAGAAUUAGGAUUUUUGCUUUGUUUUUCAGUUCUAGAACGCUUAUUUCCAAUGAUUUUUUUGGAGUGGUGUCAUAGUUCUGAACGAUCCGAACCUUUUUAAAAAGCAACCCCCAAUAUUUUUUCGAAUUAUUGUCUAAUUUUUAAAGGUUCUGUUCUGCUCCCACCUUUAUAUUUUUUUUCGUUACUAGUUCUGUUAGAUGCCUUCUGAUUUUGUUGGUGUAAGAAAAUGCGAAACCAAAAACAGGGUGGGCGGAGACGAAACCUCCAUCGUUCCCACGUGACGUCAUGAUUUCGGAUCCAAGAGCGUGAAUAACAGAGCAUAUUAAAGGCGCAGGCUGUCUUAUAGCCAGAGUUCUUUAAGACGAAUCGAAAUCUCUCUACAUAAACGCAGUUUCUCUGCGCGAAAGCGGCGCAGUGCAUGCACAUGACACACGACAUUUUACGGAGGGAGUGGGCGUGGCAUCGUCGAAAAACGCCGUGAACUCUGUUAUUUUUGUUUUUGAUCAGAGAUGGAUUUAGGGAAGAAAGGAAAAAUUCCUUCUUCUUACCAAUAUCCGGUUAAAUCUUUCCUUUUUAGAAAGUGACUCUGAAAAGACGCCUGAGUUUCAAAACGGUGCAGUUCGGUGCGCCUCUGCCAUCGGAAGGUGCCUCGGAAGUCGGUAUAACGGCUUGCCUGAAAAACACCUACGUGGACCAUCAUGACGUCAUCCAUCUGAUGUACGAGAAAGAUCCCAAGGUAUUCUGGACAGAAAAUUGUUACUCUGGUUUUUGUAGAUUCUGGCAACGCGACUGCGACCAUGUGUCCAAGGCGACGACUUCGUUUCUGACUUACAAGCCGUCUCUUUGUUUGAUCCCGAUCCUAUCGUCGUCAGUUUCUCUUCUUCGAUAUUUUCCUAUGUCAAUCGUAUGUCUCACAGGGUUUCAAAAAAGGGGAGCAUAGGCCAAAAAAAUGCGUCAAAAAGUGACGAAAACGCGAUUUCCUUCUAACGCAACGCGGUGCGGCGCGUGUCAACCCACUCAACGUUUUAUUCAAUUUAAAUCUAAUUUUCCUCUUUUUCUCGCUUAUUUUUUCAGAUUUUCGUUUCGUUCCACUUACUAUUGCGUAAUUUAACCGUGCUUGAUGCGUUUAAGAGGUACUUGAGUUAAUUUUUGACCGAGAUGGUCACGAAAUUUCGACGAAAAUGACAUUUUGAAGCAUAAGUUUUUUCACAGAAGCUUGGUUCAUGCUUUUGGUUCCAAAUAUUUAGAAUGAUUUUUUUUUUGAGAAAAGCCCAUAGCUUUUUUCAAAUUACUAGGUUUUAUACAACUUAUUCUAUCUAAAACGACAUUCGAUGUUGAUAAAUAGUUUUGCAAAAGCGAUUUCGUCCGUUUUUUCUUUUUUAAUAGGUUAUUUUUCGGUUUAAAAGCAUCCAAGGUGUUCUAAAAGUUUAAGAAAGCCUUGAAAAACGUACCUAGCGCCAUAUUUCCAUCCAGUAAAUGCACAAAAAUCGUCUCUCAAUACCGCGCCCCUAUUGCAAUAAACCGCGCCCCCAUUGCGUUUAACCACGCCCAAUGACCACAUCCGCCGCCUCUUUAAGAACACUCUGCGGACAGAAAAAAAAGAUUGACAUAUAUCAACAAAAAAAAACUUUCAGCAAACGAAUGAAGAAAGUAAGAAGGUGAACGAGAACAAAUCGGUAAGUCGAAAGAUUUUUCUUCUCUUAGUGUCCCAAUUUUUCUUCAGCCAGUGAACGCGGUUCUCUUUCCUCACCCGGCUACACAAGAAGGUAUAGUCAUACGGGUGUAAAACGAAAAAGGCCUUCAGAAGCCAAGGGGAAAGCAGCGGUUCCGUGCGAGAAAUCUCAGAGCUACCGAUGUCAAAACGGCGCCGACUGCGAGAAACUCGCCGAUGAAGGGUUCGUCUGCAAAUGCCCUCACGGCUUUGUCGGGCGAUUCUGCCAGUUUGGUUAGAUUUUUUCCUUUUUUCCGUCAGAAGUUGUAACAUUGUAGUGACCUUCCCUCGAAGUUGCUCCGAAGCACGCGACUUCCACGGACUCCCGAAUGGCCCCACUAGACUUGACGUCGACGGAUCUUCUUCCGCUGAGCCCAACGUCGUUUUCUGCGUCAAUGGGACGUUAGUCAUCUCACACAGUCUUCUGGAAAACAAAUGACUUCAGAACCAUCGUCCAACAUGAUAUGAAGCCGGAAACAGUCGCCAGAUCUUCUGACUUCCACGAUCAUUCUCUUUUCAUUUUAAGCUACCGGGAUUUCAAGGUUUUCCAUGGAAAUGACUUCAGUAAAUAUUUCUUUCCAGCCCUCGCAACUCACCAAGUUGGUUGAAUCCUCCAGCGAAUGCCGUCAAAACGUCUCGUACAGCUGCAACAAAGCACCGCUCAGGUAUCUUUUGAAAGUGCGGGACUUCUCUGCACCCUCCUUAUCUCUCGGCGCCUCUCUCAUGUAGGGACCGCAAACGAACUUUUUAAAAAAUUUUUUUUCAGCAUUGAGCUAUGUAUGGUUUGAUAGCUGUUUCGAUUAAAAAAACUCAGAACCGUUUAGUUUUUUUCGAAAAAGAUUGAGGAUGAAAAAAAGUUAUGACGAAAAAUGUGGCGCGCCGCGCACCAUUUUUUAGUACUGAAAUUUUUGGUAUUAUCCAUUUUUUUGACAUUUUUUUCUCGAUUUUUUUCUUCUAGAACAAGUUUUUGAUACUGGUCUAUUAUGAUGUAACAAAUCAUAAUAGAGUGCUAAAAUGAUGCUCAUCAGCUAGUUUGCCGAAAAAGUCGGUAUUUUCCAGAAAACAAAAAACUGACGCUUGCGGGCAUCGAACUCGCGACCUCAAAACGAAAACUCGCAGCGCACGCGCUGCGCCAAGCUGUCAGGUUUAGCGAAGGGAGCUGCCAUCCGCCUUACCCUUGAGCCGUUUGGAUAGCACAGAUUGCCUAUUUCAAAAAGAAAAACUUGAAGUAAUUUAGCUAUUUUUAUCAGAAUAUGUUCGCAAAUCUUUACUCAAACUUUUCGUGGAAAUUCACUUCGAAAAAAACUGUUUUUUUCAGUGCUUUUUGCCUCUUUUAACGAUCGCUGCACUAAAACGGCCCCGUAUAUUUUUCGGCAAAGACGAAUUUUUUUAUUUUUAUUCUUUUUAAUUGAAAGAUUUUUUUACUAAUAAAUGUAUAUAAUCGUUUUAAAAAAACCUGCGUUCGACCGCUUUCUGUGUGAUAAACGCCGCUAAUUUUAUUCUCUAGUUUCAAGAGCAUUUUUUUGCGUAUUAAACAACUUUUUUUCAAACACAGAUGCUGUGGAGAAAAAAAUUUAAAUAAGCCCAUGGUCUAAAUUUUGAAAAAAACAAAAAAACUCGAUUAUAUUCGUUUAUUAACGAUUUUUUUGAAUUAUGACUUUCGGCACUCCCUAAAAUGUUUUGGCAAAGACGAAUUUUUUUAUUUUAUUGUUUUUAAAAUUACCGUUACUUGAAUCAAAAUCAUUAUUUAAAAAAAGAAAGAGUGCGUUCGACCUCAAAAACACAUGAAAAAGCAAAAAAUGACAAAUUUUUUUAGUUGCAUUCACGUUUUUGUACGACAUUCCGCGAGAACGCAUCAAAAAAAGCGUGAAAUAUUUUUUUAAACGAAAGAGGAAGCUUUUUCUCUACAUGUGUGUCAAAAAUUUAUUAUCCAGUUCCAUAUAUUUUUGCAACUAAAACAAAAUGAAAGUUGAAAACCAAAAAAAGCCACUUUUUUUCUAUCGCAAAAAGGGGCGUGGCUUUGCGGUCCCUACUCUCAUGUUUACAUGCUGUUUCUAUGUUUCUCUGACCGGGGAGAGAACAGAGAGACGCAGACACGCGAAAACUGUCAGGUUGCGGCGGGCGGACUAUAGAAAAUCACGAUUUGUUUGCUCCUUUCUGAACCUUCUUUCCCCAGGAUUCAAACAAAAAAUGAUGAAAAUUACUAGGUUUGAAAACGGACACACGUGGUUCGAAUCUUCGUCUGCUCCUGAAGAAAAGAUAACUCAGAUUGGAAAUGUGCCCCAGUCCUGCUCCUGCAUCGACGCGGGCUGCUUGUCAGGAGGUUCCACCUCCCCUUCGAAUCCCAUAUCCCAACUCUCUUCUAGGAAAGUGCAACUGCGACUCGGGAGCCAUCUCUGAGGACACUGGAGUGCUGAAAGGAUCCAACGCCGGCAUAACAAAAGUGCGUUGAAAAGCGGAUAGGGUGCCCUGAAGUCCAGUUUUUGAACAUUAGUACAAAAGAUCGUUUCGACUACGAAGUUUUGAGUCUCACAGAAACUAAUAGUACUUUUUUGACAGAUUUCGGAGUAAAAUAUAAGAUUUGAAUGGUUUUAGAAAAAGACUCGGACUUUGGUAACCCGAAACGGACGUGUCGGGACAUUUCUAGUGAUCACUUUAGUAGCGUCAGCACUCUUAAGUGAUCCCUAGAAAUGCCAGAAACGGACACGAAUCGGACGUGUCGAAGCACUUUUAGUGAACACUUUGGUAGCGUCAGCACUCUUAAGUGAUCACUAAAGGCUCCCAGAAACGUCCGGUUUGCGUCACAGAGGUCCGAAGAGGAUGUUUUAGUGUGAAAAAUCUAUUAUUCCUAAUAAAUCGGCGAAGAAGACACUUCAAAAAGGACAUUCCGAACAGCCGGUUUUUCUUCAAGCUGAGUUUUAGGUAGUCGCACUGCACAAUGACGGAGACGUCCAAGGUGCUUUCAGUAUUGGCCGACUUGAGUGCUCCGGAUAUGGUAAAGUUCUCCUCUUGUAAAAAAGACCUCAGAAUUCAGGUAUGGACAAUAAGCCGGUCCGAUUCGUCGAAAAGACUUCUAUUAUGGUCAGUUCUCCAAUACAUCCUUGAAGAAAAGGUUUUUUUAGAUCAACGAAUGGGAAGGAAAAGAUGCAUACGUACAUUUCCGCACCAAUGACAAAGAUGUGACGCUUUUCUACGUUGAAAAGGACGGAAGAGAGGUCCUGAGGGCUCACUUGAAAGAUGGUAUUUCAAAGAAAAAGUAAAGUUUUUGAUAUAUUUUGUAGGACAUGCUUUGGUUUUGCUCUACGAGGGAAAGUCUCUGCGUUUGGAGUCCCAGAAGAGGUGAGCACUUUGGAAGAUCGCCGCGCAGUUCCUGCUCAGAUUGAACGACAGCGCGUGGCACCAGAUUAUAGUUGAAGUCUCCGAAGGACAAGUUCGUUUUGGCGUAGACGGAUUGAACGAAGUCGGCGACGUGGAGGGAUCUUUGGACGGACGGUUCUUCUUGAACGACAACCAAAGGCACGAGGACCGAGAGUUUCCGUCAUGACCCGUUAUUCAGAGGCUUCGUGGGAUGCGCGCGCUCGCUGCGACUCAACGGACAAUGGCAGCCGCUGCAGGAACUGGCUCGAGACUAUUCCAGUACCUAAAAAGAGAUUUCCGUGACAUUUUGGAGACUUGCAGCUGUGAAAACGACGUGUGACGACCACUGUGCGAAGCAGACUUGCGUUAACGACGCCCGCUGCCACGUCGACUUCGUCAACGAGAAGUCGUUCUGCAUGUGUUCCUAUCCGGAGAUUCACAGCGGUCCCAACUGCGAAAUUGGUACGCUUUCCCGGAAAAACUUGGAAGGAAACUUUUUCAGACAUCAACUCGAACUCGUCGGUCUCGUUCCAUGGAGGCUACAUCAAGUACGAAGACGUGGGCAACGCUCUCCUGUCGACGACUUAUUUCUCCUUCCGGACUGAUCAGCCGCUCGCUUUGCUCCUUUUCUCCCAUGACCACAACAACAACUUUCUACAGGUAGACGAAUGAUGGAAAAAUCGAUUUUUCGUGAACCCAAUAGGUUCUGGAGGGUUUCAGAUGGUUCAAUAUGAAAGAAGACCCUCCGAACACGAUAAAAAACUUUACUCUACCUGAUUCUGAGCGUUUUGUGCCGAGAUAUUGAUUUUUAAAGUUUGCUAAACUGACCCAAAACAAGGAAAAAUCGAUAUAUCGUGAACUCCAUAGGUUCUGGAGGGUAUUAGAUGGUUCUACAUAAAAAAAGACCCUCUGAAAAUGAUAGAAAACUUUAUUUCAGCCGAUUCUGAGCAUUUUGAUCCGAGAUAUUAAUUUUGAAGACCCAAGUGAGAAAACUGACCCAAGUGAUGGAAAAGUCGAUUUCUCGGAAACCCUAUAGGUUCUGGAGGGUACCAGAUGGUUCCACGGGAAAGAGGACCCCUGAAAAUGAUAGAAAACUGAUUCUGAGCAUUUUGAGCCGAGAUAUAAGAGCCGAGUUGAAUUUUCGAAUAGCUCAAAAACUUAGAAAAAAGCCUGAUAUUUCAGGUGCACCUCUCGGAUGAGGUCAACAUUUCCCUAACCCUCAACAAUGAAAACGUCGUGGCCACCUGCACGGUACGAGCUCGUUUGGGACAAGAAUACAGCGACAUGCGGUGGAUCCAGGUUCGAGCCAAGAUAUUUUCUCAAUCAGUCCGGCUCAGGUGGUCGUCAGCCACGGAUCAGAGGCGUCGAUGCUCCGCGUCGGAGACGAAGUCUGCUCGAUCCGCGAGAAACGCAGCCUGGCAGUCAAACCAAUCAGACGUUUCUCCAAUGUUCAGACUGGCUAGUUUUGUUUUCAGACUUUUUCUGAAGUUGGAUUUGCAGAUGUUGUUGAACUGCCUGUAGGACUCAGCUCUUCCGUCAACCCUACACCGUUUGUUUUCACUUUUAUCGGCGGAGUUGAUCAAGGAUCGCCGUCCAGAGGCAAGAUUCGAAUUUUAAAGUUUUUCGACAUUUUUUCUUUUCAGACGGAUCUUUAGUUCUGGCUCCGAGAUAUGAAACAACGAUUCCGAAGUUACUUGGCUGCGUGAGAGGCCUUCAAAUUGGGGGCGAGUUCGUUGAUCUGAGGAACAGAGAACGUGGAACACGUCCCUUGGAUAAAUGUAUGCUUUUUCUUCUAAAAGUUUUUUUCUCGGGGCGAUUCCUGGGAAGGUGUUGGGAAGGCAACCAGCACGUAAAUAGUAGCUAGAAGUUCUCGGGAAGGUGUUCAGAAGGUAGUUGGAAGAUCUUUGAAAGGUAAAAGUUGACCUUCCAGCAGGAUUCUGGAAGGUAAGUAGAGCUGUUGGAAAGGUAUGGUAAAGAAGUUUGACCACUUGCUAGAAAGCUUCCGCUUCUGGCAGGCAUUUUUUUUUUCUUUCUAAAGACCUUCCGAACAUCUUCCCAAGGCUUUCUCAAGAACUUCCAUUCACUUUUCAACCUUCCCAACGCCUUCCUAGGAUUCACUUGAGAAGCAGAAGCUUCCCAAAGCUUUCCAAAAGAGUUUCCGAUUUUUUUAAGUGCUCGUGAGAACCGGUUGCGACGUCCGCUGUGCGGAGGUCGACUGUCGCAACGGCGGACACUGCUCCGUCGGCUGGCGCAACUACGACCCGACUGUGAGCAAGACGACGUGCGACUGCUCCCGCACGAGUUACGCUGGCCCCAGCUGCACUGUCGGUUGGUUCCCAGUCUCAGACCUGCCUCAGACGGUUUCGUUCAGACGAAGGCAUCCGGGUGAGCGCAGGAGGAUGGCUCAACUUCGACGUGGGCCGAGAACUUUCCCGCGUCUUCGUUCAAGAGACAGGCAUCGCGCAAUUGUUCCAGUUUGCAUUCGCUGUACCUUCGCCGCCAACGGCCAAGCAGCGCAUCGUUCUGAUCAAAUUCUCCGACGGCGGGUAGGAAGCCGACUAUAACAGCUCAUUUGGAAGAAAAACCAUUCCAGAGAAUUCGACGUUCAAUUGAACAAGAAUGGAACUAUCAAUGUUGGAAUUCUGAACUCUAAAGGCCACGCAGAGGUCUUGAACUUCAAUGGGAAUUUUUCUGAUGGCUACCGACAUUUCCUGGUCGCGCAGUGUAACCCACUCAGCGCCACAGCGAUCUUGGUAAGCGGAAAUCUGAAAAAUGGAGUUAUCAAUUGCUAUCAGCUCGACUCCAUCCGACAAGACUUUCCGUUCAAACCAAACGGAGAGAAUCUCGACCUCUUGAAGGCGACUUCAGUCAAGAUCGCAGGAAACGUCACGAGCCGAGACAAACUUCUACCCUUUCAAACUUUCGACGGCUACGUGACAAGUCUGAGAAUUUGAUGACUGUGCUAACCCUUUCUCUUCCUCAGACGUUGUGCUGGAUUAUCAGCACGGGUCGAAGUUGCGCUUCGUUCCCAUAAGCUACAUCGAUGAUGUGAGUCACGAAAUGCACGGCGUCGUCACAAGCCAUGGAGUUGUGAAAAGCGCGUGUCCGUCUUUCCGAGUGCCCAACUCCAUUCCAGGUUUCGAAUGAAGCCGAACAGAGUGAAACUAACUUUCCAGCCUAUCAAAACUUGAUCGAAAUGCCUGAAUGGGACACUGACUUCCGAAGACACGUUUAUCACGGGGCGGUCGAAGAUGAUUCUAAGAAUACACGAGAGCCGUCAUCUUGUGAGCUGGAGAAACAAUAUUAACAAUAUUUCGUCGUUUCACAGUUCUCUGGGUGCUCCUGACAAUCGUUUUUCUGAUCGCCCUCACUUUGCUCGUUUUCUGCAUAUGUCGUCGAUGUUGCUGUAGAGAAUCAGCAAGUAAGGAGAUGAGUUGAAUACUCGGAGAAACUCUCCGAUUCUAGGAGCCACGGCAAUGACGCAAGACGAAGAUGAGCCUUUGAACGGAAAGAAACCUACAAGCUACUACCCGCCACAGCCGAGUCCUCCUCGUUGCGUUCUUCUCAUUUUCCUUCUUUUACGAUUUGAUUUAAGCGCGGCAUAAUCCAGCUCCUAGCAACUAUCACUUACCGCCGCCGAACGUCGACUUCAACCGGGUCCGUCGACAAGAAAAGCUUAUGAUGUCCUAGUUUACCUCUGUUUCCUUUUCCAGAGCAGCGCCAUUGAAAUUAGUGCCCAGCUAGGCAUACAAAAUGUUCAAUAGAUCAAAGCCUUCUACGAAGCUGUGAUGUCCUGCUGCUUCUACGCUUCACAUCUGAGGACGUAUGCACUCCAGCGGAAAAUGAUUUUUGAAAACUGAAGAUUCAGCAGCUUUCAGAGAAAUCAUUCUCCGCUCGAUUCGUGAAGUCCCUACUUAUCCCAUCGUAGACGUUGCUUUUCUUCCCUCACAUAUCCAACCUCACACCUCUAUCGCUUGGGGAAACAUACUUUUGGUGGCGGAAACAAGGCAAAUCGCAACAGGAAGACGAAAAAGCUCACUCCCCCCGCGCGAGUCUAACAUCUUCUGGGAUCACCGGCUAUUUCACUGCUCAGGAGUCGCCGUCUGAUGGCGAUGAGGUCGACGUCGACAGCGACGAAGAGCGUACAAUACGUCACAUUGACGACGACGCCGAUUCCAUCGUCUACGUGUCCGUUGAUUUCUAGAGGAGCUUCUCAAUUAAGAAGAGAAGUUUCAGGUCACGACCAAAUGACACGGAGCGCGCCCUGCGGAUGUCCUCGUUUGGGCAUGCGGAUCCGACGGCGCCGCAGAACAGCCCUCUCUACGCAAAUGUGUUUCCUCUAAAAGAGCUCAAACCAGUUUCAGUACCGGUACCACCACCUCGAUUUUCUCCCAAUCACCCGUGA